CAUCCAAUGACCUUUGACCGGCUGAAUACGGCACGUGUGUUACAUCAGUUCAACUCAGAGUUUCGUGAGAUUUACGGUAACCGAGAUUUUCACUGCCAAUUUUCACCCAAAAUGUCGUGGCUUUUCGGUUUGGGCAAGACUCCCCCUCCACAGGAGGCUCCCCAGUUUCCGACUCUACCGGAGGGACUGUUCCCAGGCGGUGGAGGAGGGGGAGACGGGGGAAAGAAAGACGGGGAUGGUGACGGAGGAAAGUCCGCCAACGUUCCGGGCACGGGGAGUUGGAGCAACUUCGAUCCUACCGGGCUUGAGCGCGCAGCCAAGGCGGCAAAGGAGCUCGACACAUCACCAAAUGCAAAGGGUGCUCUCGAUUUGGCGAAGAUGCAGGAAGGAACCAAGCAGCAAGAGCAGCUAGCUAAGAUCAAGGAGUAUGAGGGUGCUCUUGAGCAACUGAAGGUCGAGCAGAUCAGAGUCCAGCAGGAAGAGAAACGGAAGACGCUCGGUUCCGAGACACAAGAACACCAGAAGAGGGCGCAAUACCAGGACCAAUUGGCCCGCAAACGCUACGAUGACCAGCUGGCACAGCAAAGGCGGAUGAAUGAGGACAACCUUGCAAGACAAGAAGAGUCAGUCAAGAAACAAGAGGGCAUGAGACGAUCAACCAUAGAAUACGAGGCGGAGCUUCGGCACAAGAAUGAAAUGAAGAAACUGGAGGCGGAGUUACGAGGCAAAGCCAAGAUAGAGAGGGAGAAUAAGGAUAUACGCAAGGAGCAGAUCAGACUAGAGGCGGCCGAACAUCGAGAGACCGUGCUGCAAUCAAUCAAAACUGCAGGAAGCAUAAUUGGCGACGGUCUGAAGAGUUUUAUAUCGGACUGGGACAAAGUCUCUGCAACGGCAGCAGGGUUGACGCUGAUCGCGCUGGGUGUCUACUCGGCCAAGAUGGGUACAGGGGUUGCUGCUAGGUACAUUGAGGCCCGCCUGGGCAAGCCAUCUCUAGUCAGGGAAACUUCACGGUUGACGCCGUUGGAAGUUUUACGACAUCCCGUGAAGACCACAAAGAGGCUGAUCAAUAAACCACUAGAUGCUCUGAGAGGGGUUGUUUUAAAGCCAUCACUUGAGGAGAGGCUACGUGAGAUUGCCAUAGCAACACGGAACACGAAAUCUAACAAAGGUUUAUAUAGGAAUAUUCUCAUGUACGGCCCGCCGGGAACAGGCAAGACGUUAUUUGCAAAGAAACUAGCUGUUCACUCAGGAAUGGACUAUGCCAUUAUGACCGGAGGGGACGUUGCUCCGAUGGGCAAAGAGGGGGUCAGUGCAAUGCACAAACUCUUUGAUUGGGCCUCUACAAGUAGAAGAGGUGUUCUCCUCUUUGUUGAUGAGGCUGAUGCAUUCUUAAGACGUAGAAGCACAGAGCUCAUUAGUGAAGAUGUCAGAAGUACAUUGAAUGCCUUCCUGUACAGGACUGGUGAACAGUCUAACAAGUUUAUGCUGGUGCUUGCAAGCAACCAGCCGGAGCAAUUUGAUUGGGCGAUCAACGAUCGUCUGGACGAGAUGGUGUCAUUCCAGCUGCCGGGAUUGGAGGAGAGAGAACGCAUGGUGCGGCUGUACUUUGACAGCUACGUCAUCAAGCCAGCUACCCAGGGAAAGAGGAGGUUAAAGGUCGGCCAGUUUGAUUUCAACGAAAAGUGUUCCAAGAUUGCAGAGAUGACAAAGGGGCUGUCCGGCAGAGAGAUCGCUAAGCUGGGAGUGGCUUGGCAGGCCAGUGCCUACGCAUCGGAAGACGGUAUCCUGACCAGCGAGAUGAUCGACCUGAGGGUACAAGACGCAGUGGCUCAACACACUCAGAAGGUGGACUGGCACAAGAGUGAGGAUGCCAAGCUGGAGAAGCUGGAGAAGAUACGGGAAAUUAAAACCAAGGGAUCUUAGAAAAUGAGAGUGAGAUGCCUGGCUUCUCCAAGUGGGUGGUGUCUUGCCUGGGUUUGUUUGUGGGAUAGUGAUGCAAGUCUCAAGGUGUUGGUCUUGGUCUUGACUCCUGGUAUCAGUGUCAGUGUUUUUCUUGGUCCUUCCAGCCUUGCUCGUCCACCUUCAAGCCUUGGUCUUUGACCUCAUGUUUCAGUUUUGGUCGAUGUCUUGGACUCCGACCAAAAGAUUUUGGUCAGGUCCUGACCAAGUUACUUGGAUGCCACUAUGUAAUUAAGCAAUAGUUCUCCUGUAGGUUUUA